CUUGUCAGCCCGCCCCGGAGCACAAACCAAGCCUGUCGCCUGCCUGUUCUGCAGGCCGAGCGGCCCUGGCUGCGGAAGGAUGGAGCCUGCGGCGGGCGGCUUCUCCGAGGAGGAGUUCCGGGAGGCCUGCGCCGAGCUCCAGCAGCCCGCACUGGCCCAGGGCGACUGGCAGCUGCUGGUGGAGUCCUUGGGCAUCCGCAUCUACCGGCAGCUGGACCAGAAGACUGGGCUUUAUGAGUAUAAAGUCUUUGGCAUUCUGGAGGAUUGCUCCCCAGCUCUGCUCACAGAGGUCUAUAUGGACUUGGACUACAGAAAACAGUGGGACCAGUAUGUUAAAGAACUCUAUGAAAAGGAAUGCAAUGGAGAGACCGUGAUGUACUGGGAAGUGAAGUACCCCUUCCCCAUGUCCAACAGAGACUAUGUCUACAUCCGGCAGCGGCGAGAGCUGGAUGUGGAAGGGCGGAAGAUCCACGUGGUCCUGGCCCGAAGCACCUCCGAGCCUCAGUUUCCGCAGAGGCCGGGUGUGAUCCGGGUGACGCAGUACAAGCAGAGCCUGGCAAUCGAGAGCGACGGCAAGACGGGGAGCAGAGUUUUCAUGUUCUACUUCGAUAACCCGGGGGGCCAAAUUCCGUCCUGGCUCAUUAACUGGGCAGCCAAGAAUGGAGUUCCCAACUUCUUGAAAGACAUGGCAAAAGCCUGUCAGAACUACCUCAUGAAAAAAUAAGAGACUGGGGACACUCACGUCCGUGGAUUGACGUCUCUGCAAGUGCCACUGCCCGCUGAUGCUCAGCCUUCCUGUCGCCUUUCCGUCUUCCGAGGCCUGCACGCCCUACGGCACGUCGUAUCCCGAAGCGUGUGUGCCUGACGUCUGGCUCAACCGCCUGCUUCCUUUCCCACUCCUCCCAGCUUGGGUGGUGGCCUCCUUCCACCCCUGAAUGGGAGACAGAUUAGGGAAACCUUCACUUGUUUAUUUUUAAAAAGGGAAGUCCUCAAUAGGGAACACAGCAUUCCAUUGUGCCAUUUUAGGGGGUUGGGUGGGUAGAGGAAAGACAACAAAAUGUAAGAAUGACCAUUCCUGGCAAGCUGGCCCUUCCCCAGAACGUGCUGUCUUGCAACCCAGGAGGGGCCACUGGAAGCCGCUCUCUGUUCAGAGCUGACCUUCACUGCACCCAGACUGGACACACGGAUAUGCAUGGGCUUUAUGCUUUGUGGACUUGAUUGGUGUGGGAUUCGGGUGAUAAUUAUCUAAGUGCUCCUGCUUAUGAGAAGCAGUGGCUGCUGUGAUAUCCCAGGACUUUGAGAAGCAUUGCAAGCCCGACUGGAUACAUAACCUGCUGACCACGUUUUCCCUCAUCAUCUAUGUUUGGGUUUUUCUCUUUCUUCCCAUACGCCACUGGGAAUAAGCUGCCUUUACCUUUUAGCUCUGCGUUUUCCUGGAAACUGAGGUAUCACGAUGGCUUUGGUAGUUGAGCAGAAGCAAAGAUGCUUCCUGUGUAGCACUAUGCUAAAUUGUCUUUCUGUGCAAUAAAAUUAAUUUCCCUUCUAGAAUGUCUGGAGAUGUUGAAGGAAUAAUUAUAGUUUACAACCAGGUAAAAUUUAAUUAGUAGCCUGGUUGACUCUGUACUUUUUUCUCAGGAAUUCUACCUAAGUUGUCUGCCUCUCCUACCACCGAAGGGACUUUCAGAGUCCUAUUUUCUCUGGAUUUUUGGUAGGAUAAGAUAUUCUGUGCCUAAAGAUACAGCAUUGAUAUUCUCAGGGAAAAUUUUUAAUUACCAGGUUUGAUGGUACCAAACCUUGGACAUAGAAAUUCAGAAUAAAAAGCCAGAGGAAGGGAUUCAUUAAACUGGUAUUCCUUGGACUGUAUGCUCUCUCUCUGGGAAGAAAAGUGUAUCUAUGCUGAAUAAAAACAAAG